UACUUUUGAUUUUCAGAUCUACACCCCUCCGAUGACGCAAUCCUAAUUUUCAACGUUGAACAUUUUUAGCGAACUGUGUAGAUGCUGAAAACAGCCGACGCCUUUUAUCAUUGUAAAAACAACAGACCUGAACUAAGCAGGUGAGAAUGGCGGUGAAUCAAAGGAUCUUUAACUCGACCAGACCAUUCUCAGGGUCACCCCAAAUAGAGCUGAAGGGGUCUUACCCAAGCCGCCCCAGCCCAGAAGACAGGACGAGUGACGAGGAGGGGAAGGAGAGGGAAGGGGACUUCAUGGCUUGUUUAAAACCCAGACUAAUUCAAGUCCUAACACAGGGCACAGCAGAACAAGUGGGUGAAGCAGGUCCACUGAACUAUCAAAAGAACUCGUUCAUAGCCCAGGCUGAAUGUGAAACCUCCCAGCAGUUCAGCCCUUCCUGCUCCGAACGCUCCUAUGUCGGGUCCCCCAACUGCUUAAUCAACCGGGACUCAUCAGAGCACAACAAUGUGGCGUGUUCCACCGCAGCCUCCAACCAGGACAAACCAGGCUCCCCGGCCCACUGCUCACCCAGGAAGAAGCCAAGGAAGAAACAGAAGAGGAAGGAGAAGAAAGAGGAGCAGAGGGAGACAGGGAAGCAAGGGAAGCAGAGACAGAGACGUAGAGUACCUUCUGGUGUCCCUGAGCAGGAGACCCAGACUGGCAGUUCUCCUCAACUGAUCCAGACCCAGCAGGACGCUUCAGAGCACCAAAGUAACAUCAGCACUUCAUACAGUAGCAGUAUCCCGAGUUUAGAGGCGCAUGACACAAGACGCCCCCCUUACCCCCUCCAGGACUGCAACAGGGGCCCCAGCCAUUCCCACCUCUACUGGGGCCCCCAGGUGUUUAGCCCCCCCUCCAACCUCUCCACCUAUGGGCAGGAGAGUGACUCAGACUCUCCUCUCAGCAGUGUGGGAGACUGUUCAUUGGCCCUAGCAGGGCUCAGGGGCAGUGUCAGUCAGGAAGACCGAUGCUAUGCAGGUCCAUUCUGCAAAGACUUCUGCAAAGACGUGGAAAGGGAUGUCAGGGAGAAGGAGGGAGAAGUCUCAGAGACUGACACCAACGAGGGCCUGAUCUUCAAUGAGAAUAUUCAGCCUGUGAAUUAUGAGUACAGGGAGGGGAAGGACUACAGCCUCUGCAAGUCUAUCAACACAGGGUCAUACGGGGAAGUGCACAGUGUGCAAGACAACAGAACACACUUCAGAUUUGGCGCCAAAAAGAUUCUCCUGAAGAGUUUUAGUAGUGAGGAAGUGGGUACGUGGAGUGCCCUGAAGUCUCCUCGCGUGGUGGAACUCUUCGGAGUGAUCAGAGAGGGGCCCUACGUUGUCCUCUUCAUGGACCUCAAAGCUGGCUCUGUGGGUCAGCUUAUUAAAGAGAGGGGUCGGCUACCUGAGGACCUGGCCCUACACUACCACUGUCAGGUUCUGGGGGCGCUGGAACACCUGCUGAAGAGACGAGUGCUGCAUCUGGACAUAAAGG